AUGAAGGAUUCUGAUGAAAGACAGGCUAAUAUUGAAGAUGGGAGAUUUGUGCUACAACAAUACAAGCUUAGAAAAGAACUUGGUUUAUUUACAAAAUAUAAAGUAGAUCCAAUAAAGGAUAUAUGUUAUAAAUAUGAAGGAGUUGACUUAAACGUUGGUGAAUAUCAACAAAAACCAGGAGAUUCACCCCAAAAACAAGAUAUCGCACCUGGUGAAUUUGAAAGAGUACUGCAAGAACUACAAAGGCGUGAAGUAUUAAUUCAAGAUUUAUUACUUAAAUUAGAAACUAAGGAAUUAGAGGGAAAUACCCCGGAAAUAUAUAUUAAUACUGAUAGGUCUUCGAAUCUUGCUAAAACCAAGGCAGAUGAGGACUUAAAAGGUAAACAAGAAUCACAAAAUAUAAUAUUACUAUAUAAAGCUAUAAUGAAUUCUGUAUUAAAUUCGAGUUUUGUAAAGGAAUGUUCAAGUGACGUAUUUGAUAAUAUAGAUAAACAAGUACCAUGUAAGCAUCAAAAAUUAUUAGCAUUAUAUAGAAGGGAGAUAAUUCACUUAGUAGAAGAAAAUAAUACCCUUAAACAAAAGAUAAACUUGAGUAUAGCCAAUUAA